AUGGACUCGGCACCUGCGCCUCGGCCGCGGCCACGGCCAGCCCACACGCAGGGCAUCACGCGCUGCGCAUGGCGAAGCAACGGCAUGCAGCUCGUCACCGUCGGCUCCAACAACACGAUUCGCCUGUACAAGACGGACUCGGACGGCGAGCCCACAAACAUUGAUGAUUGCCAGGAACAGAACGCCUGCGUCGCCGUUGGCAGUAGCUUCUUCGUCGUCGGCUCCGAGGACGGCACCGUCAGCCUCUACUCGCUCGACGCUGCCCUCUUUGAGCGCUUCCUCCUGCGCACCUCGCUGCCCAUCCGAGAUGUCGCCCUGUCUGCCGACCACGAGUGGUGCGCCGUUGCCAGCGACGAGCUGAGCGUCAAGAUGGUGCAUACCACCGACAUCACGCGCAUCAGGCACCUGCGCGAACACAACCGAGCCGCGCGCCAUGUCAGCUUCGACCCCGGCGCCACGCUGGCAGCGGUUUCGUGCACCGACGGCAUCAUCUACGUCUACUCGCUCACCUCGGAGGAGCCCGAACUCAUACGCAAGGUCGACGGCAUCAUCGGCGCCCUCGACGGCGAGUCUGACGCGUCGACGAGGGUUGAGUGGCAUCCGGACGGAAGGGCCUUUGCCGCGCCCAUGCCUACACGGGACAUUCAGGUCAUUUCCAAAAACGACUGGGAGAAGCAAAGGUGCUUUGCCAAUGGGCACUUGGCCGACAUCACCUGCGUUGCUUGGUCGCCCAACGGAGCCAUGCUGGCGUCGUCGAGCAAGGAUGGCAAGAUCUUGAUCUGGGAGACCAAGACCCAAAGCGUCAUCCAGCGAUACGACUACUCCAAUGUCAUUGAUCUGGCAUGGAACCCCACGCGCAACAUCCUCUCCUUCACGACGACAGACGGCGAAGUUUACAUCUACCCCGAAUUCUUGCCUGACCAGUUUGCGCCCAUGCUCAAGCUUUUUGUCCAGCCGGCGCCAUUUAUUCAUGACCCCCUAUUGGAGAUCUCGGGCCACCGGCGACAGCUGGCGCCCGGUGGCCGCAACGAGCAGGACAUUCCAGGCCGUGCGCGGCGAGAAUCCUUCGGGAGCCUGGACUCCUUCCUCGGCGCCGAGGCUGACGAGGACGAGGACGACUUUGUUGUCGACGACGAUGGCGCCGGGUACGCGGUUGGUGCUGGAAGCAAAAGGGGCCGCGAAGGAGACGGGUACGGAGAGCAUCCCAGCAAGCGCAUGAACCUCAUGCGGCCCCGGCACCACGAGGCGUUCCAACCCGGCUCUACACCCUGGAGAGGCAACAGAAAGUACCUCUGCCUGAAUCUCAUCGGCUUCGUCUGGACCGUGGACCAGGACUCGCACCACACCGUCACCGUCGAGUUUUACGACCACGAGUUCCAGCGCGAUUUUCACUUUACAGACACCUUCCUCUACGACAAGGCGUGCCUCAACGAGCACGGCACGCUCUUCUCCAGUCCGUCCAAAGACGACGCGCCGGCAUACAUCUUUUACCGCCCCCACGAGAGCUGGACGCAGCGUUCCGACUGGCGGACCGAGCUGCCAGAGGGCGAGGCGGUGACGGCCAUGUCCCUCAGCGAGUCCUUUGUGACCGUCACGACGAGCUCCAACUACGUGCGUGUGUUUACGCUAUUUGGCAUGCCGUACCGCGUGUACCGGCCCAAGAGCUCGCCCAUGGUCACUUGCGCGAGCUGGCGCGACUACGUCCUGACCAUUGGCAACGGCCCGGUCGGCGCGGACGGCAACACGCGCCUCCUGUACACAAUUGAGAACGUCAAGCGGGACGAGAUUUGCCAAAACGAGGACACGGUGGCUCUGCCCGAGGGGGCAACGCUCGCGAGCGUCUUCUUCUCGGACCAGGGGGAUCCGUGUAUAUACGACUCGACAGGCACACUGCUGACGUUGCUGCACUGGCGGCAGCCGUCGCGCGCGUCUUGGGUGCCGCUGUUGGACACCAAGCUGUUGGCUCGUCUGGCCUCGGGGCGGAAGCACGAGAGGUACUUUCCCGUGGCGGUUGCCGACAGCAAGUUCCACUGCAUCAUCCUCAAAGGCGGCGACCUAUACCCGUACUUUCCGCGGCCUCUGCUGUCCGAGUUUGAGUUUUCCAUCCCGCUGUCAUCACAUCGGAAGAAGGAGAGCGGCAAGGGUGACGAGACGAGCGCUGGAGAUGGUGAGCGCAUGGACAGAGACGGAGCCGACGACGACGACGACGACGACGACGACGACGAUAGGGCUGAGACGAGGAAGCUGGAGCAGCAUUUCAUGCUCAAGGGGGUGCAGGCAGCGCAGCUACGGGACCUGGUGGCGGCGACGACGGGAGGCCACAGGCAGCGGUCGCAGCUGUCGCGGAUGGAGCUGGACAUGGACAAGGUGCUGCUGCAGCUGCUGGCAGUCGAGUGUCGCGAGGGCGAGGACCGUGGGAUGCGGGCGCUGGAGAUGGUGGAGCUGAUGCGCGACAGGACGGGGCGCAUGAUGGAGGCGGCGGGCAAGGUGGCCGAGCGGUACGGCCGCACAGUCCUCGGAGACAAGAUUCGUGAGGUGGGCGAGAGGAGAGUGGGCGGAGCGGCCGACGACGACGGGGCCGACGAUGGCUUUUAG